UCCCAGCCUAACCUUAAGCUCCAACCUAGACGACGACAGGGCCAGACAUGGUGAUUUUUAAGGUCGCCUUUAUGUCGAAGACGCGUGAAACGUGAGACCUCGUGAGGAGCAGCGGCGCCGGAACCAGCUGUCCACAUCGUUGGUCGUUCUCGACUGCCUGUCGCCGUCAGCGUAGAUCCCGCGGAACGGCGUUUCCUGAAAGAGAGAGAGAGAGAGCGGUGUGGCAAGAUCGCGGGUGGCACGAUGACGGACGCGUCGAAUUUACCGGGCGCCUCCUCCACAGGCCAGAGGGCAAUAUCAAGGAUGCUGCGGCAGCGGGCCCAGGAGUUCCUCGCCUCGCGGAAGCACGCCAACAACCUGGUGGAGAUAAUCGGCCACUGGGACGAGUCCACCUGUUCGUGCCUGCUCACGAUAGAGACGAUAUUCGGAGAGGUGCUGAGACGCGGCGACAUGUACACGGAGCGUUCGAUAGCCCUCACCAUUUCAGAACCUAGCCCAGAAUCUCGUUAUAUCACCUGGUUAAGAAGUUGCUACGAGGAGGUUUGGAAAAAGAUAUUAGCGUCUAUGGAGAAGAAUCGAUCGGCUAUUCAACUACAAGCUCUUACCACCGCGAUGAAGUUGAUGGCGGAAGAGGGUAAAGCGCCGAUGGAACCGCGCGAUAAUCCAGGAUAUUACUUUCCCCUGCAUCGUUUAAAACCCAUCCUCAUGACUCUGCUCUCCCCCGAAAAGGACAAUACUAAUUUAAUAUCGAGAUUUCAAGAGAUUACCGGAUACCCUGAUGUUUUGUAUUAUACGUGGAGAUGUCUGCCCUCACUCACCCCAAAAAGACAGCCGAAAGAAAUUUAUAUUAAGAAUCUUUUGGAACUUAUUGAUAAAAUACCACUGCCAAAAGAAGAAGAAGCAUCUAAAACGUCAGACAAUAAAGAACUUUUGUGUGGACCGCAACAAGAUGCUGCAUUUACAUGGGAUCAAUCAAAUGUUAAACGCGUAUUAAACAAAGUCUGGGCCUGCGUUAUGCACUGGGAAUUAACGCCACAGUUACAUAAACAGUUGCUCAUAGUUUUGUUGGAACGAGUCAUGUCGCAUUUAGAAAAACCAAUUUUAUUAACGGACUUUUUAAUGGAUUCUCUAGAUAUGAAUGGUGCUGUCGGGGUACUGGCAUUGCAAGGUGUAUUCAUACUUGUUACUAAACAUAAUUUAGAAUACCCGAAUAUUUUUACCAAACUGUAUUCGAUGUUUGAACCUGAAAUCUUUCAUACAAAAUACAAGGCUCGUCUAUUUUAUUUGUCCGAUCUAUUUCUCAGUUCAACACAUCUGCCAGAAGCGUUAGUAGCGGCAUUCGCGAAACGACUCGCGCGUUUAACAUUAGUUGCACCACCAGAGGAUAUUCUGAUAAUUCUGCUUUUCGUGGGCAACCUGUUACUUCGACAUCCAGGGCUAAAGAGGCUGAUAGAUCACCCGCAAGGUGGCGAGGUCCCAUCGAGCGCGAGCACUGGGGCGGGCGAUCCGUUUCUUAUGGAAGAGCGUGAUCCGUUACUAAGCAACGCAUUGCACAGCAGUCUCUGGGAAAUACGGGCAUUGCAAUGGCAUAUUCUGCCCAGCGUCGCCACCGCUGCGCGUUUCAUUCACGAGCCGCUGCCCUCAGUUGAGUAUGAUAUGGCAUCAGCGUUAGAACGCACCGGUGGCCAUCUUUUCGAAAGCGAACUGAAGAACAAAGUCAAAGACAUCAUGCUAACGUUUGAGAGACCAAAUUCUAUGGCGCUGCCGAAGGGAGAGAAAUUGUUGCAAUAUUGGCAGCUCACGCAUUGAUUUUGUACACUGUGUGAUCGACGCCCAGAGUGCAAUAUAUCAUGAGAAAAAGGCCAUCAUUGUUUAUGCCAUCGACAAUAUUUGAGCUGAGGAUAACGUUCAUAUUUUAAAUAAAGAAUAAAGACUUUUGUGUUUUAUAUUACAUACCUACAACAAAAGCGAUAGCACAUUUUUUUGUAGCGUUGAGAGUCUAUUUACUUUUGAAACAUUUAAAUAAAUUUAUGCAUUAUUAUUCAUCGAUUGCGCUACAAACAAAAAGUAAAUUUGCUUAUUAUUUAUCUCAGUUAUAUGUAAACAUUUGUGUAUCUUACACAUAAAUUACGUGCAAGUUCGUAAUACUGGCAUUAUUUAACUCUUUCGCUGCUUUUCAUAACGUUGUUAUAAAUUGUUAUUUUGUGGUUUCUUUGAGCUUAGUUAAAUAGGAAGUUUAACAUAUCAUCUUUUAUAUAUAUUAGUAUAAAAAAGAAUACACGAAAAUUUGUCUGUGAUUGCAACUCGUUCAUCUUUUUCGACAUAAAAAAUAUAUAUUAUAAUAGAUAAUUUACAAAAAAGAAAAUGCAAUUAUUAUACAAUAAUUGUUUAUUUUAUUUUUAUAAUUUAAAAGAUAAACAUAACUGUAAUCUCUCUGUACGUAAAUGAAAAAUCUCGUAUUUUUUAUUGUGUAAUAUGUGCGAUUCAGUUUAGUUUAUUUUUAAGCACACAUAUUUGAAUUAUAAAAAUAACAAUAUAUAUUUAAAUAAUUAUUAAAUAUUUAUUUCAACAAAUAUUGGUGGAUAAAGUAUAUGUGUGUUUACAUAAUAUUUAAUCGAGAUCUUUGAGUGUCGAAGUUGAAUAAACUGUAACAUGCUAAUUCAUUAUUUGCCAUAUAUAAAAAUAGAAUUUAUAUAUAUAUUAAUAUUAAUUCUUGGAAUAUAAGCUUGUGGUCAUUGCAGCGAAAGUGUUAAAGCAACUGAUCCUUUCCGAUGUUGCAAAAUCAUGAGGUCGAUAACUGAUAAGCAUCUGAUCCAUACUAUAGGUAAUUUGCAUAAUUGCAACUCUGUCCAAUAUUCUUGGAUAGUGAUUUUUCGUGUACACGAAUAUAUGAGAUAAUAAAAAAUUGAGAUAUUUUCAUUUAACAGAUAAUUUUAAUUCACUUUUACGAUGUGUAGCGCAGCUGAUAAUUCGUGUUUACAACACAUAGGUAAGCAUAGUUCAAUUGCUUAGUUCAAUUUUAAUUAUCUAUUUAAGAUCUUAUACAUUUCUCUUUUUCUAUAUAUAUAUAUAUGUAUAUUAUUUUCGUCAUUAGCCUUCUUUGAUAUGUCACAAUUCUGUAUAUUUGCGCCUCAUUGCAUAUUGUCUUAUGUAUAUACAAACGCUUUUAUGUACAUCAGCUAAUAGAUAAGUUAUUAUUAUUACAAUACCAUUAUGUAUAAUGUCGCUUUGUGUCCAACAUCUGAAAAAAGCCAUAAUAAAAGGUUAUUAAUUUUCAUUUAA